AUGCCCGGUCCCACAACGACGCCGGAGCUCGCCAAGGUCUCCUCGAAGGAGCAGGAGGUCUUCGCUGAACACGACGAGCGCACUCUCGAGACUGGAGGAACCGCCGACCGAAAGCGCCUCGAGCGCAAGCUUCUCUGGAAGCUCGACGCCCGUUUCUGCCUGUAUCGUGUGCUGUUCCAACCGCAGAUAUCCUUAGUGAGCCUCCCCUCCUCUCUUCUUCGUCCCGGAUCCUGUCCUGACUCUCCUUUUUGCCCGAAAAUCGACUACAUCGAUCGCAACAAUACGGGAGCUGCACGUCUGAAGGGCUUCGAGAAGGACCUGGGACUUGUGGGCCAACAGUUCGCAACCGUCCUGUCGAUCCUCUAUGUUGGCUACAUUCUCACCCAGAUCCCUAGCAAUAUCAUCGUCCAGAAGACCGGGCGCCCCUCGCUUUGGCUGCCUUUCUGCAUGUUGAUCUGGGGCGGGCUGAGCGUGGCUACUGGUGCGGCCAAGAACUUCGGUCAAGUCCUCGCUAUUCGCAUCCUUUUGGGAAUUGCAGAGAGCGCGUUUUUCCCUGGAGCACUCAUGACGCUCGCGUCGUGGUACACCAAGCGCGAACUUGGGCAGCGCAUCACUCUCCUCUACUGCGGUUCGCUUAUCAGUAACGCCUUCGGACCGCUCAUCGCUGCUGGUAUCCUUGGCCGCAUGGAGGGCGCUGGCGGUAUCCGUGCUUGGCGCUGGCUCUUCUACAUCGAAGGAGCCAUCACUAUGGCAGUCGCCGUCAUCAGCGUUUUCAUUCUCCCCGACUUCCCUCACAACUCUCGCGGCUUCUCCGCCGAGGAGAAGGAGCUCGCCCAACUUCGUAUGACCGAGGACGUUGGCAUGAAGGACGAGACGACUGUCAGCACGUGGACUGCGCUCAAGAUCGCCCUCGGCGACUACAAGCUUCAUCUCAUGAGCCUCACGUUGACGGCGAUGGUCGUGGGACUUUCGUUCAACGCGUACUUCCCAACCUUGACCAAGACCCUCGGCUACUCGAGCGAGGUCUCGCUCCUCCUCUGCGCCCCGCCCUUCGUCUGGGCUGCCAUCGUCGCCUACUUCGUGUCCCGCGACUCCGACAAGCGUCAAGAGCGUUACCUUCACAUCGUCGUUCCUCUCGUCUUUGGCAUCGUCGGUGCGAUCAUUGCCAUGACUUGCCGCAAGUCAUUCGGCGCCAGCUACUUCGCCCUCUUCCUUCUCGCGUCGUCCUACGCCGGAUUCGUCGUUUUCUACGCCUUGGUAUCGUCGACCUUCGCCCGCCCGGCCAUGACCCGGUCCAUCUCGCUCGCCUACGUGAACGCAUUUUCGCAAUUGGGGAACAUCGCCGGCUCGUAUGUAUGGCAAAGCAAGUGGGGACCCUCGUACGCCAAGAGCUACGGCAUCGUCAUCGCGAUGUUUGUGGCGACCAUCAUCGGCUUGACGGUCAUCCGCUUCGACCUCGUCCGCCUCAACAAGAAGCUGGCGUCGCGCGACGAGGCGGAGGCGAAGGGCCAGGAGCACCACGGUCUCUCGGCAACCGACUACCCCGCCGGUUUCCGCUACACCCUCUGA